ACUGUCCACUAGUUUGUCACCAGAAGAAGAAGAAACCGGAAGUGAAAGCAGGCGUCCUGUUUAAAUGUCGUUAACGGCUCAAAGCUGAGUGUUGUUCACACUGAAGGUUAUAAAGAACAGGUUAUAGAUCAUAUAGAACAAGUUAUAGAUUCUAUAGAACAAGUUAUCAAGUUAUAGUUUCUAUAGAAAAGCUCCAGACUCGUCGUCUCGGUUCCUCGAGCAGCUGAUGUCAACAUCUUGGUGUGACUGGAUCUCAGAGGAGGUGAGAGAAGUUUCUGCUCUUUACUUUAACAACACGCGAGGACUCAUCAGCACACGAAUCAACAGAAGAACACAGGAGCUGCUUCUCGUCUGUGGGUCAGAGCUUCAUCAUUCGGUGUCAGCUUCUCUUUCGGCUGAAGAACCUGAAGAACUCUGCAGCAGGUUCCUGUUUCACUCCACCUCCUGGACGUGAAGCUGGAAACAUCAUGGACAACCUGGAUUUCUCCGAAGAGGAGAUUCAAGAGCAGCUGGCGCUCCUCGGCUACAGAAACAUACCAACGCACAGGCUGCAUGAAUUCAAGCAAGAUCUUGAUGAACUGAUUCGACGUGGAGAAUGGAAAACUCUGGCGUCACCCACCCAGACAGACGUCACCAGAACUCACCCAGCCUCGGCUCAGCCCAGUCCUCCUGCCUACACCAAAGAAAAAGUUAGUCAGAGCUACUUUCAAGGCAGCGAUGAGGGAUUUUUCUUGCAUCCGUCCAAAACAUUCCACGAAAGUCAGCUGCACACCACGAGUCAGAACAGACGAUGUGUACAGCAGCAGGGAAACUGUGACUCUUACGCCCGACACUCGGUGGCUCCAAAGCUCCAGCUGCCCUCAGGAGCCCCCAGCAGGCGGCAGGUGGAGCAGGACCCCGAGGACGCCCUCCACCCGUCAUUCACAGACAGCUACACAUCUCCUGACUCCCAGGGGCGACGCCUAAUCAAGAGGAAAGUCCUCAGGAAACACGAAGGACAAUCUCUCGUCUGCGAUGAAUCGUUCUACAGUGAAGACUCAGACGCAGCGAGCUGUCUGGAGGACGGACUGGCAGAGCUUCACGUGUCCUCGUCCACGCAACGUGACUUUGAGACGGAGAACGAAGACGUCACCGGUCACAGCUCAGACGAGGACAGGAUCUCGUUGAGUGCUUUUGAAUCCUACAUCAGCGGCAUGACUGACUCUCAAAGUGACUGUGACCUCAGGCCCAAACCGAAAUCCUUCAUCCGACCAGUGAUGAAUCAGCAGAACGUAAAGAAAACUGACCCAGUGGCCAAAUAUUUUCAGUACAAGCAGUUCUGGGAAACGUUUAAACUCCCGGGAGAGAAAGACCGACGAGCUCUGCGCUGGGAGAUCAGGGAUCGUCUGGCAUACGAGCCUCCACCGAAACCUCGGAGAGUUCUGGUGCCCAACACCUACAUCGUGCCAACAGAGAAGAAGCGUUCAGCGCUGCGCUGGGAGAUCAGGAGCGAUUUAGCCAACGGCCUCCUUCCUCACAAGUUCAACGAUUGAUUUUAAACCUUUCUCUCCUCGUCUGCCUUUUAGAUACUUUUAGACAAACUUUGGAUUGUUUUUUU